CUCUCUCUCUCUCUCUCUCUCGUGUAAAAACUAUGUUCAUAAAUAUAUUAAUAUAAAAUGAAGCACACUUCAUCUACAUCACAUUUAGAAGUUAUAACAAAGCUGAAGUUUACAGAAACUUCUGUAUGUAGAAAAAGAUUGAUAUUUUUUUAUGAUUAAUAGGAGAAGGAAAUAAAAGCACCCCACAAGGGCACAAUAAUUAUAUAUAUAUAUAUAUAUAGACAAUGAGUUGUGCUAAUAAGUUGGGUAGUGAAGGGCUGAGAUGGGCCAUCAUUGUUGCAGCAAACAGAAAGUCAAGAGGGGGCUGUGGUCUCCUGAAGAAGAUAAGAAGCUCAUCACAUACAUCAGCAGCCAUGGCCAUGGCUGUUGGAGUUCUGUUCCUAAACUAGUAGGCUUGCAAAGGUGCGGAAAGAGUUGCAGACUAAGGUGGAUAAAUUACUUGAGGCCAGAUCUCAAGAGGGGUUCUUUUACUGAACAAGAAGAGAGAAUCAUCAUUGAUGUUCAUAGAAUUCUAGGCAACAGAUGGGCUCAGAUAGCCAAACACCUCCCUGGUAGAACUGACAAUGAAGUCAAGAACUUUUGGAACUCAUGCAUCAAGAAAAAGCUCAUCUCACUUGGCUUAGAUCCAAACACUCACAAUCUUCUCUCUCCCCAUCAAACUACCACCAAUGCAACCAAAUACUCUCACAACAACCAAAAACAACAAAAUACUUCUGCUUUCUCCAUAACUUCCCACGGCAAUGAUGCUUCAAUGGACACGAAAACACCUUUUGCAACAUUUCCUUCUCUUCCAUCUUCUCAUACUAGUUCUACUUCUACCAAUCCUAAUAAUCCUAUCUCAUUGUAUGAAAACUCAACCAUUACUACUGCUUCUACCUUUGAAUACCAAAGCCCUAGAAAUCAAAUUGUGAAUUCCUUGAUGCACGCUUCCUUGCAUCAGUUGGUAUCAGAACCCUGUAUCAAGUUUGCUAGGCGACCUUUAAUGGAAAGGACACAAUUUUUAUCCUCUACCUCGAAUCCAUCCGGGUUCGGGGCUAUAGAUGAGAAUUGCAUGUGGGGUACUAAUUCAGAACCCCUUGGAGUAAUGCAGCCACAACAAGAGAAGACUUGUGAAGGGGAUCAAAUGGAUGAAGUUGACAUUAAUAUGGAUAAUUCAUUGAUAGAGAGCUCUAACUUCGAUUUUGAGUUUGUGGAGUCGGGGCUUUUGCCUUGUGGAAUGUAUUGCAAUGUGAGUCCUAUGGAUCAACUUGCAUGGGAUUGUUAAUUUCUCAUCGAUAUAUUCUUUCUUCUUUUACUUUUUGGAGUCUCAUAGUCUUCAAAAAGGGGUGGUGAUAAUCUUGAAAUUUACAGCUAUUGCAAAAGCAGUAUCAAAUGUUUAUCUAGGAGCAAUAAUUCGGAUUCAACAUUUGCAUCAUAAAAGUCCUCCCUCAAUGCGAGUGGUACGUGUAUAUAAAGAAGUGAGCCAAAAACCAGAUGGAAUCAAUCAAUGGAAGUCUGAAAGAUGAAUUUAUGUACAAAUAUGCAAUUUAUUUAAUUGGUUUAUUUAUGUUCUUGAUCUCAUUCA